AUCCUGAGCUGUUUCACUUUGUCGGGAUCGACUAAUUCCGGAAGCCUGACAUAUAGGAAGGGACGAACGUCAUGGUUACUAAACAGUAGCACCUUCUGUACUCUUGAAAACACACCGUUCCCGAUUGCUAUCUGAUACUUUGCCAUAUAUCUGGAAAUCUCGUCGCCCAUGUUUCGCACGUAUACGGAAAGAAAUCUUCGACCGCCAUGGACUUUGCCAUGAAUGGAGUCGCGGGAAAGCCUUGGCCGCAGACCGCCGUGUCGUCGAGAACCACGAAUGGGGCCAACACCGGCAAGCCGAAGCAACAACGAAGCCGAAGGAAGAAGGACGUGGAAGAGGACGAUCCCUCGAAGAGAAGAUGUGUCUCCACAGCGUGUAUAGCGUGCAGGAAGAGGAAGAGCAAAUGCGACGGUAAUCUUCCUGCGUGCGCGGCCUGCUCGCAGGUGUAUGGAACGGACUGUAUAUACGACCCGAACUCGGACCAUCGGAGGAAGGGCGUGUACAAGAAUGAUGCGGAUACGCUCAAGACGAAGGAGUCGACGCUGCAGACGAUCAUUCAUGCGAUCUUGAACUAUGCUGAAGAAGACGUGCCGGACCUGGUACAGGAGAUCAGGACUUGCGAAAGCUUGGAUGCUGUGGCGGACAAGAUCGUGGCGAAAGAGAAUGGAGAGGAUAAUGGCGAUGGUGGAGGUGGAAGGAGUUCUAUGGACUCCUCGGAGCGAGCACCGCGAAUGUCGACCUUCGAGUCGCAUCUGUACGGCAAGAUGGGAGACUUACGGCUGGACGAAGGAUCGGUACGAUAUAUCGGCGGAACGAGCCAUCUAAUACACGCCGGGCAAGGCUCUCCCACUCCACCCAAUAUGGACGAGUAUCUCCCGCAGGAGAACGCGAUUACGUCCUGGACGAACGUGACAGACGACCCGCAGCUGGUUCUGCAUUUGCUCAACAUGUACUUUACCUGGCAUUACACUUUCUUCACACUAUUGUCUAAACAGCUGUUCUUCCGAGACUUUACUCUUGGGCGACCUCCUCCAGGCACAAGACGGAAAACGCAGCACUGCACGCCCCUACUUGUCAAUGCGAUUCUGGCACUUGGAUGCCAUUUCACAUCUCACGCGGGAGCAAGAGUAGAUCCGGAAGAUUCGGCGACCGCAGGCGAUCACUUCUUCCGGGAAGCGAAAAGGCUGAUCAUGGAGAACGAUGAGCAUGAGAAGCCGAGUCUCACCACAGUCCAAGCUCUUGCGCUAAUGUCUGUAAGAGAGGCAGGAUGUGGCAGAGAGGCGAAAGGCUGGGUCUACAGCGGCAUGUCAUUUCGUAUGGCCUGCGAUAUGGGAUUGAAUCUGGAUUCAAGCUCACUGAGUGCUAGCAAAGAAAUCAGUGGCGACGAUGAUGAGGAAGACAACCGGAAAGUCACGUUCUGGGGCUGCUACCUGAUUGACAAGUGUUGGUCUAACUACAUGGGUCGUCUGCCACAACUGCCGUCAGCAAUUGUCGCCGCGUCAAAAUAUGACGUCUUUCCAGAGGAGGACUCUUCUCAGUGGAGUCCUUACACCGACUCUGGGUUUACACAGGCACACGCCCAGCCUGCCCGAACAAGGGCCGUGGCGCUGCAGAUAUCCAAGCUGUGCGAUAUCAGCAAUGACCUAAUGGCGCACUUCUACAACCCGAUUGACAUGGAGAAGACCAGGGGAAAAGCGGCGGAGCUCAGGAAGCUCUCCGCCAUUCACACCAGACUCGAAUCAUGGCGAAGGGAUCUGCCAAAGGAGUUUGAACCGAAGGAAGGGGUUCUGUCCUCGGUUCUGGUCAUGCAUAUGUUCUUCCAACUGCUAUUCAUCCAUCUCUUCCGACCUUUUUUGAAGUACACACAAGCAACAUCGCCACUGCCAAGCACUGUCAGUCCUCGGAAACUGUGCACCCAAGCGGCAGCUAUGAUCUCAAAGCUCAUGCGGCUUUACAAGCGAUCUCAUGGCUUGCGACAGAUCUGCAACAUUGCAGUCUACAUCGCUCAUUCGGCGUGCACGAUUCACCUUCUCAAUCUACCCGACAAGAAUGCCAAACGCGACAUUGUCCAUGGUGUGAAACAUUUAGAGGAGAUCGCUGAGAGUUGGCUUUGCGCAAGGCGAACACUCGCAAUCAUGAGCAUGUUGGCCACGAAAUGGAAGGUCGACUUGCCAGACGAAGCCGCAGCCGUGCUCGCUCGAACAGACGCCAAAUUCAGCUCGUACCACCGCGAGAUACAGUCGCCGGCAUCGAGCCAGAGGCGGGAGUCGGACCUCAUGAGUGUUCCUGAACAUCUCGCUAUGCAACCCACUCAGACACCAGCCCUCGUACAACCGACCACCGCACACAACUCGCCCCUCUACAACACCGCCUCACCCAUGUUUGUCCCUGCCGCCAUCGGUGCCUCUGGCUCAGCAAUUGUACGCUCUCACGAACCGCAAUUUCCCGCCCCACCCGCCGACGCAUACAGCUUACGCGCAUCUCAGUUCCCCUCCGCCGCUACCACUCCCGCGACCCCACAGAACCAAGCUCGACAGCACUCUACACGAGCAGGCGCCAGUCCCAGUGACAUGUUCGGCGGCGUGGAGCAGCUGCUGCGAGACAGCCAUGACUGGGCGUAUCGGGACCAAGCACAGUUUGCGACUGGAUUUGGGAACUGGAACUCCACACCAGACGCAGAUACUGCAGCUUGGGCAGCCAACAUGACGCCCAAUGCUCCACUGGCGGGAAGUGUGGCGCCGGCACGUCAGCACAGUCAAGCCAGUGCAGUCAGCAUCCCGAUGAAUGCUCAACCUGCCGGAUAUGUGCCGACUGCGAGCGCAACCUUGAACGGUGCGAAUGGCGUCAAUGUCAAUGGAACUGGGAAUGUCGAUGGCAUGAUGACGAAUUGGCUGAACAGUAUGACUGCUUAUAAUACUAUGGCGACGACUUAUAAUGAGGAUGAGUGGUAUCAAUGA